AUUGAAAGAUGAAAAAAUGUGUCCGUUUGAUCUGUGUUAUAGAAGUUGUUGCAUAGGUCCACAUUACCUGUUUCCCUAUUAUAAAUUGUCUGGAUAUUGUAUUGCACUGUCCUAGAACUAGCUGAUAUCCAACUUUAAAGGGGCUGUUAUCUAGGAGGUUGGUGAAACUCACAAUUGGAAUGAAAUAGAAAAUUAAACAUCUUGCCUUGGAUGCAUAAUGCCAGUGCCUUAAUCUUUCAAGUUAACUUUUUGUUUUUGUCUUUGUUUUUCUGAGCAUGAUCUCAUUGUUAGUUUUGAAAUCCUUUGCAUAAUGACCUUUCUUUGGAAGCUAUCAACGCUAAGGAUCAUAAGUACCGAUUUUAUAGUAUAAAAUGGUUUUAGGGAUUUGUGGUGUCCAUUGGUUUGCAAUCCUCCUACAAACUUAUAUGAGGAUAUAUGUCCGAAGGCAUAGUGCUCAGAGUUUAGAGGCUUUGUCUCACUCAGCGAAAAGAAAACAAAAGCUUAAACUUAAACAUUUUUAAUUGUAGGCUCUCCUUCCAGAGACACAACCUGAAAAUGCCUUAGGCAUACAAGUGUUUUGCAGAAUUUCUCAAAGGCCUAAGCUUUUUUGUUGAGGUGUAUGCUGUAUAAAACUCCUGUGUCACUUUUGAACACUUGCUAUUCUCAUUUUUCUUGAUGCUGAUAAAGAAAAAAGGGUUUUCCAGAGAUCAAGAUACUUCAUUUAGGCUUUUAAAUAAGAAAAUUUAUAAAAGGAGGUGUUUGGCAGGAGAGAAAUAUGGUUUCCUGUACUUUUCUGCUUUGGCAAGACUACUAACAACCUGAUGAAUAAAAUUUUAUGGUCGAUCAUGGGCCAGUUUAUUGGGUUUCUUAAAUGGUUUUGACUUUUGCCAAAUUCGGGACUGAAAUUGGGUUGUUUUUAACAUGUUGGAAUGGACUGAAUGUGGGGUUGUCUAUUGUGUUUAAUGGGUGUCUCAUGGACUUCUAAAGGCGUGACUUUAAAAUAAGGGAGCUUCUAAAUGCACUCUUCAAUUUGAUCAGUGCAGUCGAAGCUUUAAUAACAUUUUUAAUCAACAUUGUAACCUUUGCAAUGACUAAAACGAACUUAAUACACUUCUAAAGGGUUUCCAAUUACCAUAGCUCACACUCAAGCUUAUACCCAGCCUACCAUCAAGUACCAAACAAAAACUCUAUUACCAGCUUCAGAAUCAUCUUUUUCUCACUCCAUAAACCCCAAUCAUAUGAUACCACCCAUAUUGAGUUCCCUUGGUCAGAGCAUCAAAUCAUCAUUUAUGACGAGUCAGUGAGGAUGGAAAGGGUGAAACUUCUUCUCGGGGUAGUGGGGUUGGCUCAGAAUGUGCAAUGGACUACACGAGUGAAUUUACGAUGAAUGAGGUUGAUAAUUCUACUCGAGAUAGUGGGGUUAGCUCGGAAUGUGUGAUGGAUUACACAAGUGAAUUUACUACUUAUGAGAUAUUCAAGACUAGAGAGUCCUUAAUGCAGUGGGCUCGUGAGGCUGGAAAGAGAAAUGGGUUUGUUAUUGUGACAAUACGAUCUGAUUUGGGUGGUAAGAGUAUGAAACCAAGAGUUACAUUAGGCUGUGAGAGGGGUGGAAGAUUUAAGGAGAAGAAAACUAAAGUCAAUAAGGGUACUAAAAAAAGAUGUGGGACUGGCACGAAGAAGUGUGGGUGCCCGUUCACAUUGAAGGGGGAGAAGUUGGCAAGUGGCAAUGGAUGGAUGCUGAAGGUCUUAUGUGGAGUGCACAACCAUGCAUCAAAUGAGUAUUCUGAGGGGCGUUCAUAUGCAGGGAGGUUGUCGGAGCAGGAGACUUCACUCUUGAUAGACUUGUCAAAGAGUUUAGUACGGCCCAAAGAAAUCCUGAACACAUUGAAGCAAAGGGAUGAACUCAAUGCUACAACCAUAAGGACGAUCUACAAUGCACGCCAAAGGCAAAGAGUUAAAGAGAAGGCAGGGAGGUCUCAAAUGCAACAACUUUUAUGUAGGUUGAAUGAGCAUGACUAUGUUGAGUGGCAUAGGGGUUGCCCUAUAUCUGGUAAUGUGCUGGACUUGUUUUGGGCACACCCUGUGAGUUUGGAGUUGUUGCGUGCAUUUCCAACCAUUUUGAUGAUGGAUUGCACAUACAAGACUAAUAGGUAUCACUAUCCCCUACUAGAGGUUGUAGGCAUCACAUCAACUGAUAUUACAUUCUCAGUUGCAUUUGUUUUUUUAGAUUCUGAAAAAGAAGAUAACUAUAUAUGGGCGUUAAGCAGAUUGCGUGGUGUGAUGGUGGAGUGCACUAUGCCAAAUGUUAUUGUCACUGACCUGGAUUUGCCAUUGAUGAGAGCUGUCGAGGUAGUAUUCCCUACAGCCAGACAUCUUUUAUGCAAAUGGCAUAUUAAUAAGAAUGUGCUGUCCAAAUGCAAAAAUUUGUUUGAGUCCAAGGAAAAGUGGGAUAGAUUUAUAAUGAAGUGGAAUGUACUUGUGACGUCUCCUACGGAAAGUGAUUACAAACGGGAGCUAGCAGUGUUACAGAGCGAAUUUAGUAUGUACACUGAGGUCAUGGAGUAUGUUAUAAACACAUGGUUGAAGCCUUUGAAGGACAGAUUUGUGUCAGCUUGGACGGACAUGAUUAUGCAUUUUGGUAAUGUUACAUCAAACAGGGCUGAGGGUGCACAUUCCAAGCUUAAGAGGGAACUUGGUUUGAGUCAGGGGAAUUUUGAGGGUUCUUUUGAAAAUAUACACUCUCUCAUCGAGUUACAACACAUUGACAUAAAGACAUCUUUUGAUAAGUGUUCGACAGUCGUGCAACAUAACUUCAAGUCUUCAGAAUUCAAAUAUUUGAGAGGAGUCGUAUCUAUUUUUGCAUUGGAGAAGGUGUUAUCUCAGUCCAAGCUAGCCGCCUCAAUUGGUGUUGAUGCUUUGGCAUGUGGUUGUGUCAUACGCCGUACCCAUGGUCUACCUUGUGCCCAUGAGAUUGCAGAAUACAAGAGGGAUUGUAGGCCAAUUCCUCUCGAGUCUCUUGACCCCCAUUGGACGAAACUUGAUUUACUGCCUCCUAGUUCUAUUCAGGAUUCCAUGGAUGUGAAUGAGUUUCCGGAGUUGAAGUUGCUUCAGCAGUACUUUCUGGAGGCAAACAAAGAUAAUAGGUUGAUGCUAAGGAAAAGAGUGAGAGAACUUGUAGCACCCUAUACAACUACUCUUGUUGAACCAGGAAUCAAGUCUAGAUUACGAGGUCAAUUGAAGGAGAAAAUUGAUAUGUCCAGUCGACAAGACCCAUAUGCUUUUGAAUUGAGAUCUGCAUCUGUGGAUAGUCACUCACCUAGCUUUACAGGUGAUACAAUGGAUGUUCCACAAAAUUUUGCACAUAAGAAAACGGAGCGAACAAAGGAGAAGGUGUACCGGACAUUGACGGUGAAAGGUAUUUCGUAUAUUGAUGCGUUCCCAGUUGGAUUGAGGCCCUUCAUUCAGCAAGUCAAGGAUGUAUGUCAUGAUGGUCACUGCGGGUUUAGGGCAGUUGCUGAUUUAGUGGGAUUGGGUGAGAAUGGAUACUUGCAGGUGCGCAAUGACUUGCUUACUGAGUUGUCUUCAUAUUCUGCGCAUUAUGGCGAGUUGUAUGGCACCACAGACAGAGUUCGUGAGUUAGCACAGAUACUAUCAUUCUUUGACGAGGGUAGAGCGCCAUUUGACAGAUGGAUGACGAUGCCUGACAUGGGUCAUCUUAUAGCGUCAUGUUAUAAGGCUGUACUUUUCCACUUGUCAGCUACUCAGUGCCUUACGUUCCUGCCUCUUCGAUCAGCACCAGUUCCUUUGCCAACACGUAGACACAUUGCCAUUGGUUUUAUGAAUGACUGUCAUUGCGUGGAGGUGUUCUUAAGGCCAGGGCAUCCUGUGCCUCCUGUUGCAUCUGAUUGGAUCAGAUGUCAUACGCCAGCAGCACAAGGAUGGGACUCUUUGUAUACUAGUUGUAUUUCACGCUUCAAAUCUCUUGUCAGCUCGGACCAAAUCUGACUUGGUCAGGUGUAUGUCACAAGUUCAAACUGUUUCAGAACACGCUGAGGAUGGUAAGGUUAGAUCACAUAUAUGCACCCGAAAAGAAGGAGAGGUGAUGAAGUGGAUGUUGCUCCCAAAUCCCACCAUAAGGAACCCAAAUUACCUACACAAAUAAUGGCAACGAAUAUUUGAAAUGAUAUACAUAAAGGGAAAGUGAUAAACCUAAUAGUAUGGACAGAGGACGUCUCAUACCUCAUCAAUUACGAAAGCAUCCAACUCCUCUCUUAUGCUGCAAAUCAUUCAUAGUGGCAGCUUUGAUAAUAUCCAAUGAUACACAAGCGGUUUGUCUGAGAUAUAAUUCAUGUUACAACGUCUCAAAGAGCAAAUAAGCUUACAUUCUCACACCUCUAAAAGCUUCGAGUGUCCCGCUGUCUGUCUAAUACCAUACCUGGUUAUGUGCCCCAAAUGUAAAUACAUGUAGUUGGGGGACGCAAUUCCCCAUCUCACCUCACCGAACUCCAUAAGCAUAUGAAACUAGAUUAUGCACACUUGUGCACCGCUCUUAUCAGUGAAGAAUGUACAUCUCAACAUACAACAAAUGCUCUCGUAUCCUGAUUGUGCACAUAUCAGCACAACUGAGAAUAAUUGAAAAUCCUCUAAAACUCUACAUUAAUUUCUAUUGGUCCCUCAACCAGUUGUGUUUUGAAAUAUAAAAUCUGCAUACUGCAAACUAAUUUCUCUACGUUGUAUGGUUUUUCCUGUCCUAUGUAUUUUUAAUUCUGUCCUUGUUUUGUAGGGCAGGUUUUUUCCCAUCUGAUUUCAUUUAAAUUCUUUGCAGUUAGCAUUGCGCAUUCAUAGGAUUUCUGGUGUGCGUUUGCUGUUAUUUUACUUUUGCUCAAGAUAUUGUUUUGCUUAUGACUAUUUAUUAGUAGCAGUUAUAAUUGUGCAUCUUUAGAAUUUCCGGUGUGUUUGAUGUUAACUUUCUUUUGUUCAAUAAUAUUAUUCAUCAGUGUUUAAUGUUAUGCAACUUUUUCCAAACAGGAGGAUACUUACCUAUGGGAAGACGAUGAUGACAGGUAUUCAGUUGAGAAAAUUCCACUAUAUGAUUCUGCAGAGGAUGAGCCUUCCUCGAGGCUCUUCAAGACUGUCAACUCCUCAAGUUCUGAAUUUGAUGUUGAUGGGAUGAUGAUCAAUGUCAAUGUGGAUUCUGGACAUCAGUUGAUGUCUACUGCUCUUGUUGUGCAAUCACUUGAUUCUGUUCCAAUGGAGGGUGUAGUGAUGGGGGUAAAAACAGAAGUGAGUGAGGAGAGGAAACUUUAUUCACAAGAAAAUCAACCACCUUUUUCAAGAAAGAAUGCAAUGAUAUCUCGUAUCCGCAGUAAUACUGCAUGUCGUAACUAUCACAUUGGAUCAGGAUCCAUGCCAAACAAAAGAUCAAAACAAUACUCUAAUGGAAAGGUGAAACAUGGUGCACAAAAGCAAGUUGACGCCAAGUCUUUUGCUUCGCUUUUAGCAUCAAGGGAAGCACAAGAGGAAAUUUUAAAAUAUGAGUGUAUGAAAAAUGAUGCUGCCACUCAUCUUGAAUCUUUAUACAAUGAGAUACGACCUGCUAUUGAAGAACAUGAAAGGGACAGCCAAGACAGCGUAGCUACCAGCGUAGCUGAGAAGUGGAUUGAAGCCUGCUGCUUGAAACUGAAGGCAGAAUUCGACCUUUAUUCUUCCAUUGUUAAAAGCAUUGCCUGCACUCCACGAAGGGGCCAAGCUGAACCUUAUGAUGGCAACAAUGAGAAUGAAAUCAAGUACCUGCAGAACUGAUCUUUGUUCUCAGUUCAUUCUUUGGUUUGGAACAGAUGCGUUUGGAUAAAGCCGAAUCAGAUUGAAUUGUAACCGUUCAGUCUAUUUUAGAAUCAUCAGACUUACACCAUGGUUACGGGAUUAUUGUUCCAUGUUUAGUGUUGUGAUAUAUUUCCAGAGAUCUUUCUUUAAAAAGAAAAUUAUUCAGGUUUCUUGGUAUGUUUGGACUACAUAAUGCUUUAACUAAGAAAUGAAAAAAGGGUUACUAUACAAACACCCUUUUUUAUUA